AAUUAAAGUGUUCUUGCUGAAAACAGCACUUUGGCGAAAAUGUUAAGUUUCGCUAGCUACGCAUUGACCAUUUUAUGCCGCGUUCAAAACAACUGGGAACACGGAAAUCUCAGACCUCGGUGCGUUCAAGACAACUGGGAACUCCGGAAAAUCGGAAAACUGGGAAAAUCGUUUUGAACUGUCAAACAACUCAGAAUUCCAACUCGGUGAAGAUCAUGAAGAUCAUUGAUGUCAUGAUUUGACCUCGUAUUUUUCUGAGUUCCCAGGUGUGGUGAACGCACCACUAUGCCACGAUUUUGCCAUCUCAGACAAAGUCUCCACGUCGAAUGGAUCACACACUAAAGUCAAUCAAAAGUGCCAGAUGGACAUUGUGAUGUGUAGAAUAUCAUGUGUAAGGAAGAAUGUUGUAAAUGUUUAGUGAGUGGACCAUGAUCAUUUGAUGUCUACAUCUGUUUGUAUGUGCUUGAAAAAUUAUUACCAUUUUAAAAUUAAUGUUUUGUAUAUUUAAACAUUUGUCUUUCUAAAACAUUACAAUUGACCCGAUUUGAUAACGUUGUGAUGUGGAAAUACAAAUCCCAUCUGCCAUUAGUCUAGUUUAGUAAUGCUGCUGGUCGACCAAGCAUGUUCACUCUGUUGGGACUACAAGUCCCAUCUGCCAUUAGACUAGUUUAGUAAUGCUGCUGGUCGACCAAGCAUGUUCACUCUGUUGGGACUACAAGUCCCAUCUGCCAUUAGUCAAGUUUAGUAAUGCUGCUGGUCGACCAAGCAUGUUCACUCUGUUGGGACUACAAGUCCCAUCUGCCAUUAGUCUAGUUUAGUAAUGCUGCUGGUCGACCAAGCAUGUUCACUCUGUUGGGACUACAAGUCCCAUCUGCCAUUAGUCUAGUUUAGUAAUGCUGCUGGUCGACCAAGCAUGUUCAUUCUGUUGGGACUACAAGUCCCAUCUGCCAUUAGUCUAGUUUAGUAAUGCUGCUGGUCGACCAAGCAUGUUCACUGUGUUGGGACUACAAGUCCCAUCUGCCAUUAGUCAAGUUUAGUAAUGCUGCUGGUCGACCAAGCAUGUUCACUCUGUUGGGACUACAAGUCCCAUCUGCCAUUAGUCUAGUUUAGUAAUGCUGCUGGUCGACCAAGCAUGUUCACUCUGUUGGGACUACAAGUCCCAUCUGCCAUUAGAGUAGUUUAGUAAUGCUGCUGGUCGACCAAGCAUGUUCAUUCUGUUGGGACUACAAGUCCCAUCUGCCAUUAGUCUAGUUUAGUAAUGCUGCUGGUCGACCAAGCAUGUUCACUCUGUUGGGACUACAAGUCCCAUCUGCCAUUAGACUAGUUUAGUAAUGCUGCUGGUCGACCAAGCAUGUUCACUCUGUUGGGACUACAAGUCCCAUCUGCCAUUAGACUAGUUUAGUAAUGCUGCUGGUCGACCAAGCAUGUUCACUCUGUUGGGACUACAAGUCCCAUCUGCCAUUAGACUAGUUUAGUAAUGCUGCUGGUCGACCAAGCAUGUUCAUUCUGUUGGGACUACAAGUCCCAUCUGCCAUUAGUCUAGUUUAGUAAUGCUGCUGGUCGACCAAGCAUGUUCAUUCUGUUGGGACUACAAGUCCCAUCUGCCAUUAGUCUAGUUUAGUAAUGCUGCUGGUCGACCAAGCAUGUUCAUUCUGUUGGGACUACAAGUCCCAUCUGCCAUUAGUCUAGUUUAGUAAUGCUGCUGGUCGACCAAGCAUGUUCACUCUGUUGGUGUGUUGACGUGAGUUCCCCUCGCAGUUCCCGGGAGCAGCGCACAGAACCACACCACCACCAUGCCCGAGGGUCCAGAGUUACACUUGGCCAGUCUGUUUGUCAACAGGAUGUGUGGGGGAGUGGUCUUCACCGGCCCAGUACAAAAAUCAGAGGUCAGUAAGAACCCUGAGGUCUCCUUCUCCUGCCCGGCCUACACCAUCAUGGCCACCUCCAGAGGCAAGGAGGUCCGCCUCACUCUAACCCCCCAGAAGAGUGACUCUGCCCAGGGGAGAUGCAGGCGGGGGAAGACGGGUCAGGUCAACCAGGUCCAGACCAUGGACAUCGUCUUCCGUUUCGGAAUGUCUGGAUUCUUCCGUUUCACCGCGGAGGCGGAGCUUCCUAAACAUUCCCACCUGCGGUUCUACACCAAUGAGAAGCCCUGUAGGGUUCUGAGCUUUGUGGACACGCGCCGCUUUGGCAGCUGGCAACCCAACGGGACCUGGCAACUCAACCGAGGGCCCUGUAUCAUGUUUGAGUACCUGAGUUUCAGGGAGAAUGUCCUUUCCCACCUGUCCGACAGAGCGUUCGACCGGCCCGUCUGUGAGGUUCUGUUGAACCAGAAGUACUUUAACGGCAUUGGCAACUACCUGAGAGCUGAGAUCCUCUUUAGAUUAAACAUCCCUCCCUUUGUGAAGGCACGGACGGUUCUGGAAGGACUUCAAACACAUCUGUCUGACGAGGACCGGAAGUCCGUUGUUAAAGUGGAGGUCACAGAGGUUAAAGAGGAGGUCACCAACACCGAGGUCAAAGAGGAGGUCACCGACAGAGAAAUCUCAGACAGAGCUGCUGUGAAGGAGGAUGAGAGUGAGACUCCAGACCUGCUCCGUCUCUGUCACACAGUACCUCUGGAGGUCAUCAAGUUAGGUGGUAAAGGUUACGACCCAGAGAAAAUGGACUACACUGACUUUAAAUCGUGGCUCCAGUGUUACUAUGUGGAGGGGAUGAAGUCUGUAAGAGAUCACAACGGCAGAACUAUGUGGUUCAAGGGAGAUCCAGGUCCCAUGGCUCCUAAAGAUGCCAAAACAAAGAUGAUCGUGAAGAAAGAGGAUGACCAUGAUUAUAAAGGGGGAAAAAAGGUAAAGAAGGCCCGCUCUGAGAGCACGAUGAAGCCAAAAUACACAAAGGAAACGGUGCAGGAAAAGGAAGUUCCUCAGAGACGGGCAGGAAGGAGGAAGUAAACAUGACCUCAGCAGAAGAGCACCAGUACAGAGUCCAGUGAGAUGAGAAGCUUUUUUGAUAAUUUGUCCUUCAACUUUGCCUGAAUCAUGUGAUUUGUCAUGAUUUAUGAAUCCUCCAUGUUCCAGCCCCACAGAUGUGGAGUGGGACUAGAAGAAUAUUGUCAAUUUUCAUGCAGGAAACAAAAAAUGAUAUAUAUUUUUUUGCUUUCAAUCCAGAAGCUGCUAGGUAGAACAAGCAAGUAGCUGUUCGGAACAGAGCUAUUACUGAACGGGGCCAUUUUAAAAAUAAAACUGUCUAUGUGUUGUUCUAUGCAAGAGAAAUCCCCUUUUUGUACUUUUUGUAAUAAACAACAUCUGACAUCA